AUGAUGAACGAAAUCGAAUGCUGUGCGUCUGUCAUUGAGUAUGCGUGCAAUAUUGAUUGGCCAAAAACACGUUUAUUCAUUCAAGUACUUGACGACUCGACUGAAGAACGAGUUAUGGCACUCAUUGAUCAAUGUGUCGAUAAAUGGCGCAAAAAUGAUAUGCAAAUUGAUAUCCUUCGUCGUCCUGAUCGGAAGGGAUUCAAAGCGGGUAAUUUGAUUAAUGGCAUGUCCUUUCUGCCGAAUGCUGCUUUUAUCGCUAUAUUUGACGUUGAUUUUUUACCGGCUCCUGACUUUCUCUUACGAACAAUACCAGCAUUCAUUCAAGAUCCACUCGUGGCUUUCGUUCAGACACGAUGGACAUUCACCAAUCCCAAAGAGUCUUUCUUGACACGCAUGCAAGAGAUCUGGUUUAAUUAUCAUUAUAAAUGUGAACAAGAAAGCAGUCAUCGAGCAUCGCUCUACUUCGGUUUCAAUGGUACAGGUGGAGUUUGGCGUGUAUCGGCUAUCAAGCAAUGCGGUGGUUGGCACACAGAUAUAAUCACUGAAGACAUGGAUCUCUCUCUUAGAGCUCAUAUAAAUGGAUGGCGUUCAGUGUAUAUGAAAGACGUCGAGUCUUUAAACGAAAUCCCGCCGACACUCUCUGGUUAUCUAUCUCAACAACACCGAUGGACGUGUGGUCCAAUGCAAAUCCUUCGAAAAUUGGGACUACGUAUCAUUUGCGCAGAGCACAUAUCCUGGGUUCAAAAGUUGUGGUGCUUCUGUUACAUACUUCGUCGUGCAGCGCCUCUUUUCCAAUAUCUUGCACUUCUAUUAUUACUGCCAAUGAUUAUCAUAUUACAAGUGACAAAUGUUCAAUAUUUUUCUUGUCUAUUGUUGACGACGGUUCCCAUAUUAUCUCUUCUGGCAUUUACACCAAACGAAAUCCACAUGUUUAUAUUCUGCAUCUUUUUUUUGAACGCCAUGUCUCUCCUUAAGUUUUUUGCAGUGAUUGCCGGAAUAUUUGGCUUAGAGUCUAGCAAACAGUGGGUUGUAACACCAAAGUACAACUGUGUUAAAACAAAAUCCACCCAAGAGUUGAUAGAAGUACACACAACCAAAGCAACUGAAAGUGUUAUGACUCCAUUGAUAGAGAACAAAAAAUCGACAACGUCACUUGGGUUUUCAUUUUCUUGUAAAACCAUAUUUAUUUUCUUCUCAUCGAUUCGUGAUCAGAUCUGUAAAAUACUCAGAUCGCUUCGAUUCUACAAAUGGUACUUUUUUAUGAGCUUAUAUUUAUUCUCCGUUGGAUGUUUUGCGUUCAUCAACAAGAAGUAUGUCCUUGGUGCCUACUGUGUUGCAAAUGGAUUCAUGUUUGGAAUAUUUUCCAUUGGCGCCAUUGGACGACCUGAAUAAGAAAGAUAUGCUUACAAAACUUUGUUUUACCAUUUCAUUCACAUGAAUGAAUGUGGGCGUGAGUGUGAAUGUCUAGCUACAAUUAUCGCAAUUUCAUUUUUAAUUAGAUGUUCAUCAGACUGCUUUGGCAUUGUUUUUAUUCAAGAGUGUUUCGAAGACCGCACGUAUAAUGCAUAAAAUGUGUCUGUAUAGAAGGGUUUGCGAACGUAGGUUUCUGAGUGAGUUGUCUGUAUAUAUUUGAUUGUGCACGGUUGGUUACAUGGAUUUUUUGGGAACAGCGUGACAAAUGUAUACUUCUCUUGCAGUGUGUUGAGGGUGUAGGUGUUGGUGUACGUAUUGUUAAAGAUGUGACUAAGCAAUAAAUAUCUACAUCCACAUCUUACAAAACGCUCAUGUAGCUGAAACAAAUUUUUAUUGUCACUAUCAAGUUCUAAGACUUUGACAGAACCACUUCAAGUAAAGUUCUUUGAAACCAAGAUCCUUCCAAACUGGAUUCCUGACUUUUAUUCUAAGUUCAUGAAGAGAUUGAAAAUAUCUCUUUUGGAUUUGUCGAAUAAAAGUUUCUUUGAAAAAUUUUGAAUAGGUACGAAGAUUUGUAUUUACUUUCUUCAUUUUUUACAAAAACUCAUUCAAAUGAUUUUGCUGAGCCCUACCGAGUCUGAAAUAUAGCUGCAAGAAACUUAUGUCUGAUACUGUAAACAGCGGGUGUGGGUGUGGGUGUGAGUGUGGGGUGUGGGUAUGAGUGUGGGGUGUGGGUGGGUGUGGGUGGGGGUGGGGGUGGGGGGGUGUGGGGUUGGGUGUGGGUGUGGGGGGGGGGGGUGGUG